AUGAUUCCCUUUUCUAGGUCAAGACCAGUGUCUUCCGAGGACUUAAGAGAGAGCCCUCAGUCUCAAAAGGUAUCCACCCCAGGUGGAUUCCAGAAGAGCGAGGAGGUUCUUAGCUCCCCGGCAUUAUCCAUCACCCUUAGCCAACAUGAGUCUCAACUGUUUACCCCGCUACACAUGGCCAAGAUGGAGAAAAUGUUUGAGGAUGAUGUUGACUCGACCAGAGCCCUGGACAUGAAGGCUUUCAUUAAGGCCAUGAAGAAGGUUCUGAGCAAUAUGUCAGAUGAGCUGCUAGAGGCGCUGUUUCUGAAGGUGGACACGGACUGUACUGGCUCCGUCACCUGGCAGAAGUACGUGGAUUACAUGAUGCGGGAGUUCCAGAGAAAGGAGAGGAUGAGAACAAGCCAGUACCGCCUGCGCUUCCACCUUCCCAUGAGGAUCAUCCCCCUGAACCAUGGCUGUGAGAUUGUGAAGGUGCAGUUUUUAACCCAGCGGUUCAAGAAGACGGGACAUCUCCUGACUGUCACCAAGGAUGGGAUCUUGCAGAUCUGGUCUGAGGCCUUCUCGCUGCUUAACUCCUUCAGGCUUAACCAGAUCCAGCAGGUCUAUAACCUGCAGAUGUGGGUCAUCGACAUGGUGUGUCUCUAUAACAUGAACCUGAUUGCGGUUGCAUCUACUGACCAGAAGAUAGAGUUCUUUGACAUUAGCAACCAUAACUGUGCCCGGGCCUUCACCUUCAUUGAUCUGGACAGCUGUGUCUUGGCCAUGGACUACUGGUCUGACUAUCACAGAGGUGUGUUCUGCUACGGGGACACCAAAGGCAACGUCAUCAUCUUCACCUCUGACAAUGUGACCCACGGGUUGUUCAACCCCCGAAUCCUUCCCAGGACCUCCAAAUGGGAUCACUGGACCAAAGUUUCUGCACGGAAGCUCCUAAAUGAAAAGUCCCCUUUGUAUAGGAGUUACCAGCUGAAGGCGCUCCAUCCCAACUGGUGCCAACAGGUCAAGUUCAUCCCCCAGCUGAACACGGUGGCCUCCUGUUCGGCCAUUGAGAAGUCCUCUCUGGUGCUGACCAUAUUGCCAUCCAAAGCCCCAGAGAGCCCCAAGUUUUCCGUGCUGAACUUAAGAAAAGGGAUUCUUUGCUUUGAUUACUGCCCAGACAAGAACUUAGUGGUGACCGGUGGCUAUGACCCCCUCAUCCGCCUGUGGAACCCCUUCUUCUCAAAAAAGCCCGUGUGGAUGAUGAAGGGGCAUCAGACUUCCGUGACGCACAUCCUGGUGAACAGCAAAAAUAGCAGCAUCCUCCUCAGCGUCUCCAAGGACAAGAAUAUCCGCGUGUGGGACAUGCAGGACUACAUAUGCCUCCAGUCCUUCUGCGGGAAGCUUUUCGCCCUGGGGAACUGCCCCAUCACCAGCAUCUACUUCCACAAGAACGAAGACAGUCUCAUCUGUAGCACCUAUUCGAUUGGGAUCCUCAAAGGGUACUUGGAGACCGAGGAGCUGGGAAAAACAGGGGAGAAGACCACGACCUACAGCUCACCCGUGUGCGCCGUCCUCUACAGCAAGAUUUUUAAGCAGGUGGUGAGCGGCUGCCUGAGCAGCUUGGUGAGCGUGUGGGAGGUGGCGACGGGCAGGCGGACGAUGGAGUUCUCUGUGACCGGUGACCAGCAGAUGGAGCUGUCCACCAUGUGCCUGGACGAAUCGGAGCGCUGCCUGCUCACGGGUUUGCGCGACGGCACCAUAAAGAUGUGGAACUACGCCAUUGGUGAAUGCCUGCUGGUCUUCCCCAACAUGGACCACCUGGAGAUUAGUGGGAUUGUCCAUAUGAACAAAGCGUUCUACGUGACCGGGUGGAGUAAGAGAAUCACUUGCUUCAUGCUCCACAAGACCAAGCCGGUGUUCGUGGGCUACCCCUGGCACAUCUUCCACAAGGAGGACGUUCUGAGCAUGGCCAAGUACCAGAACCAGUUCCUCGGGACCUCUUCCUACAACGGGGACAUCCUCUUCUGGAACGUCAACCUGUUCAAGCCCAUCCUCAAUUUCAACGCCUCUGUGAGCCCCUUGCCUUUGCUGCCCAAGAAGGUCCAAGAAGUGGACAACUUCCUGGCUGAGAGCCUCUGGUCGGGCAAGUCCUGCAUGGAACACCAGGAGUGGGCUCACAGACCACCAGGGCAGCCCCCGGUCCCCAGAGCCAGGACUGUGGCCAACGCCAACCUGCAACGGAACCUGAUGUCGGCCCCCCCGGUGAUGAAGCACCCCAGAGACAAGCAGCCGGAGAGGCCUGCACCCCCACAGAAACCUGUCCACUCUGGAAGCCCCAAGCUGUUAAGAAUGCUCCAUGGCAAACAGUCGAUCUUCAGAGAUGCUCAAAGAGGGGAAUUCCAGAAGAUCCUGCUGCAAUCCAACGCGUCUGUGGAGAAGAUCAUCUUCCUGCAGACCAGGCCUCGCCAGCCACACGUAGCCAUCCUGCUGAGCAGCUGCAUCGACGGCCACAUCUAUGCCUGGUCCAUCCACGGGGGCGGAGGCCUGCUGGGGAAGUUCCCUGUGGACUUCCUAAGCCGGGGGGAUGUGGUCGUGGGUGCCAUGGCCACGGAUGAAAAAGACUUGAUCCUUGUCACAGGGGAUUGUAAAGGAUACAUCAAGAUCUGGGACAUCAAGGAUUACUGCACAUUCACUGACAGGUGGUCAUCUCAACCCAGUGGAACAAACAAGUUCCAGUUCUUAAUUCCUGAACGGGUCCAGAUCAACCUCCCACACUACAUCCCCUUGGAGGAGAAGGAGGUCGUGGCUGGCCAGACCAUUUCCCUGGUUCCCCCCAAGCUUCUGAAUACCUGGAAGGGCCACUUGGAUAGUGUGGCAGACAUCCUGUAUGUGGAUAGCUUCCAGCUGGUUGUCAGUGCCGGCCAGGACUGUGACGUCAAGGCUUGGAAACUCUCCGGUGACACCAUUGGGACAUUUGGCCUGAGUGUUUGGAAAAGGUUGCAGGAUGUUCAGAUCGUUGGUGAUCUUGAAGUGAGAAAAAGCUCAGAGGAGGAGGCUCACUCUACCGAUGCUGCCCAGAAGGCCUUGCGUCCAGAGCUGCAGGAGGAGCGGGCUCUGGCCGAGGCCCUGGUGUACCAGCGGCGGGAGCAGGUGGUGCUCAUGGCUCUCCUGAAUGGGAAGGCAGACGCCGAGGCUGAGGCGUGGGCUAAGCUGCAGAAGAUCACCCAGACGUCCCCGUGGGCUGGGGAGCGCUCCCCGGAAGACAUUGAGCGCAGCUGGUGCAAGUGGGAGUCCAAGGGCAAGCAGAUGAGCAAAGUUGUGGGAGCAGCGUACAAGCCCAAGGACCGGUCGCGGAGUUCCCGACUCCUGUCCACCCACGUGCAGUAUGACUGGAUGAAGCACCAGAUUUCACCUCAGAUCUACCAAAGCCUGCACUUCAACGGACUGUCACCCACCCACACACCUGACCUAGUGCUUCACAACCUUCUAGAGCAGCAGGGCCCGCACAGCCACCUGGCAGCCCAUCACAGCCACAAGGACCCGGAUCCUGAUAGGGACACCAGCUCGUCUGCCACCUCCCUCUCCCUCAGCGACACCCUCACCCUGACAGCCUCAGGCUCCGGGUUCCUGGAGUCUGCCUUGUCCAGCUCCCCGUACCUCCAGGCCUCCCCCUUGGUCCUGUCCCAGGCAUCCAGGUACAUUGGGCAGAGGUCGGCGACCCCCAUGCCUGCUGCCUCAUCCGUCGAACUGCUCUCAAGACCUCUGAAGGCCACCCUUCGGUCCUCCACGAAGAAGAGCUACCGCAUCCGGUUCUAA